CUCUCUUCACUUUGCUAUACUAAUACAGAUUACUAGUGUGCGCAUUUUUAACAUGCUUGGGCAUGACAUUCCUUAUAUUAGCGUGUGCGGUGCCACAACCGAAGAUUUUCUACCCGUUCUUUGUGUUGCUAUUUUACGUCCUAUCCGUGUUACCGGUAUUCAUAGCGAAACGCUUUAAUCAAGGAAACGAAACUAAUCCAAAGACAGAGUUCGCACUCUUCCUUUGUGCUGGAAUGGUGCUAAGCGCUUUUGCUUUUCCAAUUGUACUGGCGCAUAGUCAAGUGAUUACUUGGACUGCAGCUACACUUACAUUAAUCAGUAAUGUGAUUAACUAUUUAACUAUAUUCGGUUAUUCAAUGCGAGAUAGUGAAUUUGAUGCACCCUACGGUGGAAUGUUCUAAAUACUAGUUUUUUUUUAAUAUUUGUUUUGUUUUUGUUCUUGCAAAUAUAAAUAUUUGAAUGAUGAGACUCUUAACGCAAAAUGACUGCAAUGACUGCAAGUAGUCGUGUCUACAUGAAACAUAUAAAACCAACAACAACAACAUAUUUAUCAUCAUCGUAAAUACAACGCAAUGUUAACUAACGAUUGGAAGUAAAAUUUUAACCGCCUUUGGUCUUGAGUGAAAACGUCGUUGAGAUGCUAGUAGAUUUUACAAAGGCUCGGUAGAAUAUCAUACGCAUUGCGAUUUGUACACAGAAACACAUACAUAAAGAAUUAAUAUUUAGGUUUAAGAUAAAAAGCUUUUUGUAUCUACAAUUAAUGUGCUAAAAGAAAAAUUACUGCGAAUUUAGCACAUUUUUUGUUUCGAAAAAAUCAUAAUAGUCGGGCGAAAUUAAACUAAUCAAAUAACUCUAUUUAAAGAGGCACGAAUAAAAGAAAAAACAAUAAAUGUAUGUUAUAUAAACUUCAUGCGCAAUUUUAAGAAUCUCCCUUGUGUAAUAUUAGACACAUAAUGUUUGUAUAUGUAGUAAGGAAUUACUGUAUGGCACCACUACUUUGCAAUAUUUUAUUUUGAAAUUUACUAAGUAAUAAUGCAUUCAAAACCAUUUUAUGAAUAAAAAACUGGCAAACGAA